GCAUCGCAUCUAAGUCCCUUCAGUUCUUUCUUUAUCACAACUGUUUUUUGACAUGGCUCAAUAAUCUGAAGCCCAACUUCAUCCACUGAUUCUAAUCAGUUUCUGUUCUCCUUGCAGAAGGUGAAAAAUUGGAAACCAAGAAUAAGAGAGCCCACAACAAUAGUCACGGAGUGGGGGAGCUGAAUAUAUAUUUGGAGAGAGAUGAGAUCUUCAGUCAGAGCUCUCAACAAGAAACUGACAGCGAGGAGAAAUCAUAUCAGUGCUUAGAAUGUGGGAGGAAGUUUAGCAGGAAGUCAAGUCUCACUAAGCACAAAAGAAUUCACACAGGCGAGAAACCAUAUAUAUGCUUGGAAUGUGGAAAGAGCUUUCGCCAAAUCGCCCAUCUCACUUCCCACCAAAGAGUUCAUACAGAAAAUAAACCGUAUCAGUGCUUGGACUGUGGAAAGAGCUUCAGCCAAAAGGCAAGUCUCACUGCCCAUCAAAGAAUUCAUACAGGGGAGAAACCAUAUCAGUGCCUGGAAUGUGGGAAGCACUUUAGUCAGAUCGCUCAUCUCACUUCCCACCAAAGAAUUCAUACGGGGAAGAAACCAUAUCAGUGCAUGGAAUGUGGGAAGUGUUUCAGUCAAAGCUCCCAUCUCGCUUCACAUCAAAGAGUUCACACCUUGGAGAACCCAUAUCAUUGCUUGGACUGUGGGAAGAGCUUCAGCCAAAAGGCAAGUCUCACUGCCCAUCAAAGAAUUCAUACAGGGGAGAAACCGUAUCAGUGCUUGGAAUGUGGAAAGCGCUUCAUUCAGAGGGCCCACCUGACUUCACAUCAAAGAAUUCAUACAGGUGAGAAACCAUAUCAAUGUUUAGAUUGUGGAAAGAGCUUUAAUUUAAGGGCGAACUUAUAUAAUCAUCAAAGAAUUCAUACAGGGGAAAAACCAUAUCAGUGCUUGGAAUGUGGAAAGCGCUUCAGUCGGAAGGAUAAUCUCACUUCCCAUCAGAUAAUUCAUACAGGGGAGAGACCAUAUCAGUGCUUGGAGUGUGAGAAGAGCUUCAGCUUAAAGCAGAAUCUCACUUCCCAUCAAAGACUUCAUAACGGAGAGAAACCAUAUCAGUGCUUGGAGUGUGGGAAGAGCUUCAGUCGGAGACAGCGUCUCACUUCCCAUCAAAGAAUUCAUUCAGGAGAGAAGCCGUAUCAGUGCUUGGAAUGUGGGCAGAGCUUCCGUUGGAAAGAAACUUUCAUUUCCCAUCAAAGAAUUCAUGAUGGAAUAGUAUUAUAAAAACAGCGACAGCUGGCAGUCCCUGGACCUGACAGGGCUGUGCCACAAGGUGUGCAUUUGAACCCACAAGUUUGUCCGGCAUUCAUGUAAGAUAUUCAGGAUAUUUAAGACCUAGAAUCAUAGAAUCAUAGAGUUGGAAGAGACCACAAGGGCCAUCGAGUCCAACCCCCUGCCAAGCAGGAAACACCAUCAGAGCACUCCUGACAUAUGGUUGUCAAGCCUCUGCUUAAAGACCUCCAAAGAAGGAGACUCCACCACACACCUUGGUAGCAAAUUCCACUGUCGAACUGCUCUUACUGUCAGGAAGUUCUUCCUAAUGUUUAGGUGGAAUCUUCUUUCUUGUAGUUUGGAUCCAUUGCUCCGUGUCCGCUUCUCUGGAGCAGCAGAAAACAACCUUUCUCCCUCCUCUAUGUGACAUCCUUUUAUAUAUUUGAACAUGGCUAUCAUAUCACCUCUUAACCUCCUCUUCUCCAGGCUAAACAUGCCCAGCUCCCUUAGCCGUUCCUCAUAAGGCAUCGUUUCCAGGCCUUUGACCAUUUUGGUUGCCCUCCUCUGGACAUGUUCCAGUUUGUCAGUGUCCUUCUUGAACUGUGGUGCCCAGAACUGGACACAGUACUCCAGGUGAGGUCUGACCAGAGCAGAAUACAGUGGCACUAUUACUUCCCUUGAUCUAGAUGCUAUACUCCUAUUGAUGCAGCCCAGAAUUGCAUUGGCUUUUUAGCUGCCGCGUCACACUGUUGGCUCAUGUCAAGUUUGUGGUCAACCAAGACUCCUAGAUCCUUUUCACAUGUACUGCUCUCAAGCCAGAUGUCCCCCAUCUUGUAUUUGUGCCUCUCAUUUUUUUUGCCCAAGUGCAAUACUUUACAUUUCUCCCUGUUGUUUGUUUUGGCCCAGUUCUCUAAUCUGUCAAGGUCGUUUUGAAGUGUGAUCCUGUCCUAUGGGGUGUUAGCCACCCCUCCCAGUUUGGUGUCAUCUGCAAAUUUGAUCAGGAUGCCCUUGAGUCCAUCAUCCAAGUCGUUGAUAAAGAUGUUGAAUAAGACCGGGCCCAAGACAGAACCCUGUGGCACCCCACUAGUCACUCUUCUCCAGGAUGAAGAGGAACCAUUGAUGAGCACCCUUGGGGUUCGGUCAGUCAGCCAGCUACAAAUCCACUGAGUGGUAGCAUAGUCAAGACCGCAUUUUACCAGCUUCUUUACAAGAAUAUCAUGGGGCACCUUGUCAAAUGCCUUGCUGAAAUCAAGGUAGGCUACAUCCACUGCGUUCCCUUCAUCUACCUGGGAUAGCUCAGUCGGUAGAGCACUAGACUCUUAAUCUCAGAGUUGUGUGUUAGUGCUCCAUGUUGGGCGAAAGAUUCCUGCGUUGCAUGGCGUUGGAUAGAUGACGCUCGUGGUCCCUUCCAACUUUAUAGAUCUAUGAGCGUUUUUACUGGAGUUAAACAUACAUCCAUUAUGAAUACCUGUUUCUGUCCUUAAUCUUAUGUCCCAUAAAGAUGUUGCACACAUCAGAGAAAUGAAAAAAAAGAUUGUUUUAUUAAAUGAAAUAAAAACGACACAGAAUACU